CAUAGUUGGAUAGGUUUCAGUUUAUAAAUGGAUGCUAAAUAUUUGAUAAGCAACUAUUUAACAAUCCGAGUGAUUGCAAGUUGAACAGACAAUAACAUUAUUGAUAUGCAAUUAAGAAAGGUCCUUCCUGCAUAUAUAAAACUAGUUUUAGGGAUCAGACAACACAGAACUAGACGACAUGUCAGGCAUAUUGGUGGAUGCCAAUUAUUGGUCCAAAGUUUUAAGUUUUCUCGCACAGCAAUAUUUUAUGGACUCGCAUGCCACGUGCAUAUUAUGGCACGCCUCAUUUGAUGUACAACUGGAAACAAGCGAACCGCUUGCGGUGCUGAGUCUGGAGCCACAGAAAUGGUUUAGCUUGGAGCAGGACAGCGACUUCUAUGAUUAUGAUCGGAAACGUGCCGAAUUCGAGGAGAACAGCCUGGCGUACAACGAUUGGAUCUUGAGACUUGCCGUUGCCAUCGAACAGACCAAUUGCGAGAGUUUCAUAGCAUUUCAGGAGGAAAUACCAAAGUUUGCUCGUUAUUUCUAUAAUGCCAGCACUUAUUCAAUUUGGCGUUCAAUCAAAAAUCGUUUUAUUUUUGCGUACACCGAAGAACUCCUGGAGGAAUCCACUGAAUCUGAUAGUUAUAUUGAUGGCUAUCUAUUUCACGAUCAACCCAACGUUCUUUUGGUCAGCGCACAAUUCCUGAAUGCAAGCGUCUUUGAGAUUAAAACGAAUCGUUUUGUUGGUCCCCGACAUUUUGGGGCUAAGCCCGUGCCAGCCGAUUUUUAUACCAUGCAGAUUUACGAUGCCAAACUUGGGAAAGUAACAUGGGAUAGCGGGACAGGCAUUUCGGACAAAAUGCGAAAUUUACAAGGCCGAGAAAUCGUUUUGGGAGUAUUCAAUUACGAACCAUUCAUGCUGCUCGACUAUACUAAGGAACCAGCGCUUUACGAUCGUGCCUUAAAUAGAGCAGAGGCUUUUGCGGAUGGCACCGAAGUUCGAGUUGUGCGAACCUUUUGCGAGCUCUACAAUUGCACGGUCCAAUUGGAUACAACUGAAAAGUCGGAUUGGGGCGAUAUCUAUGCAAAUGCCACAGGUUUUGGAUUAAUGGGAAUGGUGUUGGAGAGAACCAUUGAUUAUGGCAUUGGCGGCAUGUAUAUCUGGUAUGAUGCCUAUCAGCAAAUGGAUAUGACACAUUUUUUGGGACGUUCCGGUGUCACUUGUCUGGUGCCUGCUCCGCAUCGUAUGAUUAACUGGGCCCUACCACUGCGCCCAUUCCAAGGCACUUUGUGGCUAUGCGUACUAUUUUGCCUCAUCCUGGAGUGCUUAGCUCUGGCCGGCACGCGUCAAUGUGAGCGCCCACCAGCAACAAAUGCCCACCAAUCGCGCUGGCGGCAGAGUCUGCGCUUCGGUUGUGUCAGCACGCUGAAGCUAUUUGUGAAUCAGAGCACCAAUUAUGUGGCGACAUCGUAUUCCCUGCGCACCGUCUUGCUGGCGAGCUACAUGAUCGACAUAAUCCUGACCACCGUUUAUGGAGGCGGACUUGCUGCUAUACUGACUCUGCCGAAGCUGGAGGAAGCCGCCGAUUCGCGUCAACGUCUCUAUGAGCACAAGCUGAUCUGGACGGCAACAUCUCACGCCUGGAUUGCCACCAUUGAUGCCGAGAAUGUUGAUCACGUUUUACUGGGAUUAAUGAAGAACUAUCGUGUAAAUGAUGCGGCUACCAUGGCCGCCAAAUCGCGUACCGAACAGAUGGGCUUUGUGGUUGAGAGAAUGCAGUUUGGCCAGGUGGCCAACGCUGAGAUGAUUCCCGACGAUGCUCUACCUCGUCUGAAGCUCAUGGUAGAUGAUAUAUACUUCGCCUACACGGCUGCCUAUGUGCCGCGUUUGUGGCCAUUUUCUAGCAUCCACAAUGAUUUCAUACUCGCCUGGCAUUCGUCGGGCUUUGACAAGUACUGGGAAUGGCGGAUCGCGGCCGAAUAUAUGAAUUCGCAUAGACAGAAUCGCAUUGUGGCCUCGCAAAGACCUAAUCUUGACAUCGGACCCGUUGAACUUGGCAUUGAUAAUUUUAUUGGGCUAGUCCUGUUGUGGUGCUUCGGCAUGACCUGCAGCCUGCUGGCAUUUGUGGGCGAAUUGUGGUGCAUGCAGGUGGAAAAAUUGUAAAAACUAGUAAAUUAUAGACAAUUGUUUUUCAAAUAAAUCUGUGCAAAAAUAUAUAUAUAUAUUCCUAAGCUUAGCUUUGUAACAGCAA